AGAUUAUAUAUAUUAUAUAAAAUUAUUUCUGGACUUAAUAGAAUUCAUAAAAAAAAUCUUAUUCAUUAUGAUUUUCAUGAUGGUAAUAUUUUAUUACAUAAAUAUGAAAAAAAUGAGUAUGAUGAAGUUUAUAUUUCUGAUUUAGGAUUAUGUAGACCCGAAAAAUCUUUAAGAAAAAAUAAUGUUUAUGGUGUUAUACCAUUUAUGGCACCUGAAGUUUUAUUAAGUCAAUCUUAUACUUUAUCUAGUGAUAUUUAUAGUUUUUCUAUGAUUAUGUGGGAAUUUACAUCUGGCGUUCCACCAUUUAAUAAUAGAGCUCAUGAUCUUCAACUUUGUUUAAGUAUUUGUAAAGAUGAACGUCCUGAAAUUAUUGAGAAUACUCCACAAUGUUAUAUAGAUUUGAUGAAAAAAUGUUGGAAUAAGGAUCCAUUAAAAAGGCCAUCUUCAUUAGAAAUUUUAAAUAUUAUUAAA